AUGUCUACCAUAUCUCUCGUGGACCUGCGCGCAUCGCGGUUCUCUUGGCCUCGUCUGCGAUCCCUUCGUGCUCGGCCGUUGACCCAGCUUCGAGGCAAGGCGACAGCACCAUUUCGCCUCCCUGAUCCUCGCAAUGAACCCAACCCACUUUAUAAGAGAGGCUCCGAGGAGCGGACCAGGCUAGAGGAAGCCCUUUCCAAGCUUCGGUCUCAGCUCCCCGUCCGCAGUGACCUCUUCUACGAUGGCAAGAUUCAACAGAGUUCCAAGUCGUGGGACCAGCCACUUCCUGCCGAGCAUGCCACCACCUUCACCAACUACCCGCUCGCCACCAAGGAGCAGACCACCGCCGCAAUUGAAUCCGCUCUGAAGGCAAAGAAGGAAUGGGAAGCCACUCCGUUUGUGGACCGAGCUGCCAUUUUCCUCAAGGCCGCCGAGCUGGCGACGACCAAGUACCGAUAUGACCUGAUCGCGGCCACGAUGUUGGGGCAAGGCAAGAAUAUUUGGCAAGGAGAGAUUGAUGCUGCUGCCGAGCUGGCGGACUUCUUCCGCCUCAACUGCAACUACGCCGCGGAAAUCCUGGAGAGACAGCCCAUCCGUGGCAGCGAUGGUAUGUGGAGUCGGCUUGACUACCGACCCCUGGAGGGAUUCGUCUACGCUGUUUCCCCUUUCAACUUCACUGCUAUUGGCGGUAACUUGAUUUCUGGGCCUGCCCUGAUGGGUAACGUCGUGCUCUGGAAGCCUUCGCCCUCCAAUGUAUACGCCAGUAACCUUGUCUACAAUAUCUUGUUGGAGGCUGGUCUGCCCCCGAACGUGAUCCAGUUCGUCACCGGAGACCCAGAGACCAUCACCGAGGCCGUGCUGGCGCACCGUGAUUUUGCCGGUCUGAACUUCAUUGGCUCAUCGGACGUGUUCCGCUCUUUGUAUGGCAAGAUUGCCAUCGGGGUCUCGAAGAAGACCUACCGCGAGUUCCCUCGCGUGGUCGCCGAGACCAGCGGUAAGAACUUCCACCUCGUCCACCCCACUGCAGACAUCACUAGCGCAGUCAACCACACUAUCCGCGGCUCGUUCGAGUAUCAGGGUCAGAAGUGCUCUGCCACUUCGCGCCUAUAUCUCCCCAGGUCCAAGGCAGAGGAGUUCCUCACAGCUUUGAAGGCGGGCGUAAAGGAGAUUACUAUUGGAAAUCCCGACAAGGACCUGGAGGCAUUCAUGGGUCCUGUCAUCCACCGCAAGUCUUUUGAUAGGAUCAAGUCUAUCAUUGACAAGAGCAACAAGGACUCAUCCGUUAAGCUCAUCACUGGUGGCACCUAUGACGACUCAGUUGGCUUCUACGUCCACCCGACCGUCUAUCAGGUGGACUCGCCCGACCACGCACUCUUCAACGAAGAGAUCUUCGGUCCCGUUCUGGCCGUCUACAUCUACCCCGAUGCUGAGUGGUCAGCAACCCUGAAAAAGGUGGACGAGAACGGCGGCGGGUUCGCCUUGACUGGCGCCGUCUUUGCUUCGGACCGCCGGGCAAUCCGCGAAGCAGAGGAUGCUCUCCGGUACUCCGCCGGUAACUUCUAUAUCAGUAAGUUGUUUCUGGGAAUUCCCAUCCCUGUACAUUUCGAGACUCUAAUAUCCCGCUCGCUAGACUGCAAGACCACCGCCGCUCUGAUCGGCCAGCAAUCCUUCGGCGGUGCCCGCUCAAGCGGUACCAAUGAUAAGGCCGGUAGCUCGGAUUCCCUUCGCCGCUUCACGAGCCCCCGCUUGAUCAAGGAAGAGUUCUUCCCCCAGACGGGAUUCACCUACCCCAGUAACCACUAG